GCAAUAACAUAUUCUAGAUAACCGUAAAAUACCGCCAAAAUCACAGAACAACAUAAUAAUAUGUACGCAUUUAAUUUUAUCUGAUUAAUUUCUUUACGUCUUGACUUCUUCAGAUCUUAAUAUUAUAUUAAAAUGUCGUGUUCUGCCGUAAACUGCACGAAUCAAAGUAGUCAGGGUAUACGUCUAUUCAGAUUUCCGGCUCAACUUGAACGCAGAAAAAUUUGGAUAAAUAAUACCAGAAGAGCUCAAUGGCAACCUACAGAAUCUGCUCGUCUGUGUGAAGUUCAUUUUGAAGAGAACCAAUUUGAAAGAAAAAGGAUAGAUGGCUGGAUUAAAUUAAAAUGGGACGCCAUUCCUACAAUUUUUAAUGUUCCAAAUCCAUCGAAGAGAACAAUGACAAAAAGUAAAUCCAAAUACAAGAUACUUGAUCCUCCUUUGAAUGUUCAACCAAAUGAAAUUGAAAAUACAACUGGUGCAAGUAUGCAGUCAUUGCAGUCUUCAUUACAAAUGGAAAAUGAAGUGUUGAGAAAGGAAAACGACCAUUUAAAAAGAGCAAAUGAGCAGUUUGUUAAAUAUCUAGAACAGACAAAUGAAAAUUUUAAACAACAACUAGAGGAUCGAUCAAAGUUGUUAGAAACAUUUUUGAAUAAAGACCAAAUUAUGGCGUUGUCAACCAACAAAAUGCAUGAAUGGUCUAAAGAAACUAUUGUCAAAUCACUAAAGCUAAGAUUCAGUCUUGGUGUGAGUGUGGUAUAAUUACUUACACGAAACAAAAUUUCCUAUACCUUCAUACAGCACAUUAAACCGUAAAUUGCAACAAUACCCACUACAAACAGGUAUUUACAAUCACAUGAAGGAUCCACUCAUUCAGAAAGUUCAGUUUAUGGAUGAUCUUGAUAAAUUCUGUGCCCUAUCUGUAGAUGAAAUGAUGAUUUCCACUCAACGAGAUUAUGAUAAAAAUUUACACAAAUACUUUGGGCAUGUAACUUUAGGGAACAAUGGAAUAACAUUAGGCAAUCACAUUACAGUAGUUCUUGCUCGUGGAGUUAAAAAUAACUGGAAGUAGGUUAUUGCCUGUGAAGUGACUGAUAAGACAACAAACCGAGAACACAUGAAGACAUUAAUUACAGAUAGUAUUUUAUUUGUUGAAAGUUGUGGUCUAACUGUUUUAUCUGUUACAUCAGAUAUGGGUUCUAAUAAUAGAGGAUUGUGAUCUCUUUUGGGAGUGACAAUAAAACCAAAUGGUGAUCGAGAAAAUACAUUUCAGUGUAACAAUUAUAGUAUUUAUAUAAUUUCGGAUGUUUGCCACUUGCUCAAGAACUUGAAAACUGCAAUACUUCGCACAGGACUUCAUAUAUCUGAGAAAUUGCAAGAAUUUGAAAAAAUGCCUUCCUCAUUUGUGUCAGGAGUUUAUAUUUAUGAUCUUUGGAAAGCAGAAGUAUCUGCGGAAAAGCCUUUUCGCUUGCUUCAUCAUCUUAGAAACGAAGAUCUCAAUCCCUCGAAUUUUGAUAAGAUGAAUGUAGGAGCUGCAAUCCAAUUUUUUUCAUUGAAAACUGCUGCAGGUUUAGAAUUAGCAGUAAAAUUAAAACUGAUUCACGAAGAAGCCCUUACUACUGCUUGGUUUAUAAGGCGAGUGCAUCAGUGGUUCCAGUUAAUGAAUUCAAGAGUAAGAAAAACAAGUAUCACCAAACGCAAUAAAACGGAAAAGCGCAGUUUUUAUAUAAAAUAAUUAACAUCUUUGAAGGUAUAUCAUUUGGUAAAAAUUGGAGACCUCUAAAUUGCGGUCUAAUUCUAUCAACCCUAUCUGUAAUAGAUGUAACAGAUUAUUUGAUAAUGUGUGGUUAUGAUUUUGUACUAACCCACCGAUUCAAUCAAGUAGCCUUGGAAAAUGUAUUUUCACAAGUUCGUCGCAGAGGAGGAACAACACCAUCUGCUCUUGCAUGUUUAAGAGCUCUAAAAAUCAUAACAAUUUCUCAAUUCGUUUCGGAUGUGAAAAAAUCUUCAUACUGUUCUGACACUGACGUUUUCCUCAUUGACUAUUUUUCAAAGAAGAAAACCCAAGUGAAAAAAGUUAAUUCUAGUGUUCCUGUUAUUAAUAUAAAUGCUGAAUUUGAUCUUUCUAUUAUUUAAAUGUGCAAGAUCAAAAUAUGUUAUUUUUUAUUGGAGGAGCUGUUGUAAAUAAAUUGCUUAAAAAAUCAUUAUGUGAAGAAUGUAAAAUAUUUCUAGAAAAAAACUCUUUAAAGGAUUCAAAAUUAAAUUAUAAUUAUUAUGUAAAGCAGUUGGAUAAAGGUGGCUUGAUGUAUCCAAAUUCAUUUGUUUUUCAAUUAAUUUUAAACUGUGAUAUCGUCUAUAAGACAUUUUUAAAUUAUAUUAUGCAUAAUAACUCAAAAAUUAUAAUAGAUAAAUUAUGUAAUGAUAUAAAUAUAUCCUUCCCAUCUUGCUGUAAUAUUAAAGAAUUCAUUGUUAAUUAUUUAUUUACUAUACGAUCAUUUGCCUUAGUUAGUUUG